AUGUCCUCAGUCAAAACAGCUGCAAGGGAUUCAUUGAUACUGCCCCUUGGGCUUCCGCACCACCGAGCCACCACAGACAAAUACGAUAUCGAUUCCAACGACAAUGGGAAACCUUUAGCUGACGAGCAGCAUAAUACCAAAAAAUGUCUUCUUGUAAAUGGCCACCAACAAGCCAAUUCCAGCUCUCCGUUCAUCUCAGAACGUCCUAUCGAUCAGCCCCGGCCACUGAAGCUCAUCUACAUCGGUGCAGGCAUUUCAGGGAUUGUCGCUGCCAUUCAGUUUUUGAAGGCUGUACCUCACUUGGAACUGACUAUUUACGAGAAAAAUCCCGAACUAGGAGGGACAUGGUUCGAGAACAGAUACCCUGGCUGCGCAUGUGAUGUACCAUCCCACACUUACCAGCUAAGUUUCGAGUCGUGGACUGAAUGGAGCCACUUCUUCUCCGGAUCAGAAGAGAUUCUCGAAUACUGGAAACGUGUUGCCCAGAAGUACAAUGUUCGGAAGCAUAUACGGUUCAACCGGCGAUGCGUCGAAGCACGCUGGCACGAUACUAGGAGCCUAUGGACUGUUCAGGUCCAAGAUGUACUUACGGGGAAUAUUUUCGAGGACUCAGCUGACGUGUUGAUGAUUGGAACUGGCCUGCUGAACGAGUGGAAGUGGCCUUCGGUUUCUGGUCUGCAAUCCUUCAAGGGACAGCUUCUGCACAGUGCUAGCUGGGACGAAAGCUUUGAUCUUAGGGGAAAGAACAUAGCCGUAAUCGGCUCGGGAAGCACCGCAGUCCAGAUAGUACCCGCAAUUAUCGACAAAGUCAAGUCCAUGGACCACUACGUCCGUGGAGGGACAUGGAUAUCCAACCAACAUGGCAGCCCCCACCUUGCUGCGCGAACAAACAAUCAAGCUAUGAAUUUCCGAUAUACAGAAAAAGAGAAACAAGAAUGGCGGAACAAUCCAUCAUCAUAUCUCAAAUACCGCAAGGAAUUAGAGCUUGAGAUUCAGAGCCAAUUCGCCAUUUCCCAACGGGAUAGCGAUGUUCAGAAGACUGCGACAGCACAGCUCCGAGCAGGCAUGCGGGAUAGACUAAAAUCGAAACCAGAACUACUGGACCUCCUACUACCCGAUUUCCCUCCGCUUUGCAACCGAUUGACUCCCGCUCCUGGGUAUCUGGAGGCGCUAGUGUCACCGAAAGUCAAUGUCAUCGGUUCACCAAUUACUCGUAUUGAUGAAGCCGGUAUCGUCACUGCAGAUGGAGAACACCGCCCCGUGGACGCGAUCAUUUGCGCAACCGGCUUCGAAAAGAACCUAGGGGGCAACUUCCCAAUCAUAGGUUGUGGUGGCAGCAGCCUUCGUGACAGAUACGCCAAUCGGCCAGAGACAUACCUAGGUAUUUGCACAGAUGGAUUCCCCAAUUUCUUUCAGUCCCUGGGACCCAACUCCUUCCAGGGCGCAGGGAACCUGCUCAUCAUGAUAGAGCACACGCAUGCGUAUGUCGCACAGAUCUUAUCGCAAAUGGCGUAUGGCAAUGUCGGGCAGGUAGAGCCAAAGCGAAGGCAGGUUCUGAAUUUUACUAAUUACGCUGAGAAGUAUUUUGAGCGAACUGUCUACAGCUCCGAAUGCAACAGUUGGUACAAGUCGCCUCCACCCGGUGCGACAACUCUGCAACAGCGCAAAAAGGGUCGGGUUACUGCUCUUUGGCCGGGAAGCAGCCUUCACGCUAUCAAAGCACUUGAACAUGUGAGGUGGGAGGACUUUGAGACCACAGCAUACGAUGGUAAUGAGUUUGGAUGGUUUGGAAAUGGUUGGGCGGAGGUGGAGAAUUCUUCGGAGAGAGGCAAUCCGGAUGCAAUGGCCUGGUAUCUAGACAAGACAAUUUUUCUUGAUGCUAAUUCCUAG